CAUAAUUUUCACGCGUUGAUGUUUUGAAGAAAUCAGAACAUAAUUUUCACGCGUUGAUGUUUUGAAGUAAUCAGAAGUGGGAGGUGUUCUAUGUUCGGAACUUUCAUCUUCUUACAUUGAUUAGUUAUUGCACUCGUUUUCCAUCGGAUUACAGCCUCCAGGUUUGUUGGGGUUCUAAUUGGGGGAUCGUCUUCUUUGCAAUUCCGAUCGUUUGCUUCUUAAUUUCCCUCUUUCCUUCCCUCGCUAUCCAAAUCCAUCCAUGUUUCAUUUCUCUGUGUAUCGCAUCAUCCCGGUUCCCUAGGUCACGAACUUGCCUAAUUUCGCUGCUUCCAGAAAUGGGGACGAUUCUCCAAGCUGUUUACAGUGUCUCAGACCCUUUGUCGCCGAUUGGGACACCGGACGACCGGGGAUUCACUGCCGUCACUUCCGCCUCCGAUUGCCAUGGAAUGUGGUAUAGUGCUCUCUUGGUUGCGCCGUCGGUUUUGUUCGUGAUCUAUUUGGCGACUAGCGCCAUCAAAAACAUGAAGAGGUUUUUCGUCGGUCGGUCGUUUAUAAUGAUUUCGUAUUAUGCCCUUCUCUGGAUCGCUACGCUCCUAAAUCUUGCUUGGUGCUCUCUUCAGGUUAGUUUCUUGUUUUUUGGAUUAUUUUCGUCGUGUGGAGGAUUUCAAACAAGUGAAGUUUUCUUUGAAUCAAUGAGCUCUCUUGCACCGACGGCAUGGGAAUGCUCUCCUGGGAAGGAGGUUCUUUGGAAUAUUUUGUCUUUGUUCACAUCAUCUGGAAUGUUGUUUCUGGAAAUUAGUCUGGUAGCCUUCUUACUCAAAGGAAAUUAUUCAGGUGGGAUGGAAGCAAUGUUCCACAAUCUUAUUAUCUCGGGAACUCUAGUUGGUGUCGAUGUGCUUCUUAAGGUCGUAUACGUGUUCGGGUUUGGCAUCCCACUGUUCAUCAGGGUUGGUAGUUCACACUGGGCAAAGUGGGGUGUAUGGACUAUCCACAAGUUGUUGCCAACUGCAGCAUAUGGCUUCAUAUUGUUUGUUCAUUUCUCAAAAUGGAGAGAUAAGCUACCACCCAGACCGUCAUUCUAUAAUUACAUCGCUGUGAUGUUUUUUGUUAGCGCUUUAGCAUUUUUCGCCAGUGCGCUUGCUGCAUUUGGAGUUGAGUUUGGCAUCUGGUUGUACAAUUUCACACUUAUCAGCUACCAUUCUAUGUAUCUUCCGUUCCUGUAUGCGACGUUUCUGGCAGAUUUUUUCCAGGAGGAAGACUUCCUUUUGGAGAAUGCGUACUAUUCAGAGAUGAGAGAUGCAGGAUUCUUUGAUUCAGAGUGGGAUUAGCCUCUUGACAAAACCCAUAUUUGCAUGCUUGUAUGGUUAAUAUUUUACACACGAUGUAAAUAAACGUAAACGAAAAAUACUCAUUAGCAGUAAGUAAAGCUGUGAUCGAUAUUCUUAUCUCAA